AUGUUUCUGUCUCUGCCUACCCUGACCGUGCUUAUUCCACUGGUCUCCUUAGCGGGCCUGUUCUACUCGGCCUCUGUGGAGGAAGACUUCCCGCAGGGCUGCACGAGCACAGCCAGCCUUUGCUUUUACAGUCUGCUCUUGCCCAUCACCAUCCCAGUGUACGUGUUCUUCCACCUGUGGACCUGGAUGGGUAUUAAGCUCUUCAGGCAUAAUUAAGGCAGCCACAGCCAGGAUGGCUACCUGUGUAAGUCCUAAGCACCUGUCCCCGACAGCUCAGCGGGGUGGAAAUACUGGAGACCCGUUUAGUUUGGAGGAAGUUGCUUUGCUUUGCUUUGCUUAACUCGGGUUUAGAACUAAGAGGCUUAAACUGCAGAAGCUUUGAUUGUAUUUCUGUUUUGCCUGCUUUUUGAAGAUUCUCACUGCUGUAUCAGAGAAACAUUUCAAUGAAAUGUUGUGUGGGUAGGGGAUUUAGCUCAGCGGAAUAAGUGCCUGCCUGGCUAUGCCUGGCUAGCACAAGUCGUGAGUUCGAUCCCCAGUACCAAAAAUAAAUAAAAUAAAAUGUGAUAGAGAUUAA